ACUCUCAGCGGUCUCAUCUCUCUUCCUUCACCAUGAAGCUGAAGGACAAGUUCCACUCGCCCAAAAUAAAAAGGACGCCGUCCAAGAAAGGAAAACAGCCUGACGUCGUGGUGAAAUCCCCCGAGAAGGUAGUCAACAAGAACUUAAGUUGGCUGGAGGAGAAGGAGAAGGACGUAGUGAGUGCCCUGCGCUACUUUAAGACCAUUGUGGACAAAAUGGCCAUUGAUAACAAGGUGUUGGAGAUGUUGCCAGGAUCAGCCAGCAAAGUUCUGGAAGCCAUCUUGCCUCUGGUUCAGACGGACCCACGGAUUCAGCAGAGUUCUGCCAUCACUUCCUGUUACAGCCGCGUGUAUCAGAGCUUGGGAAAUUUAAUCCGAUGGUCCGAUCAAGUGAUGCUUGAAGGCAUCAACGCUGAAGACAAAGAAGUGGUGAAUACAGUUAAGGGGGUUAUCAAGGCAGUUCUGGAUGGAGUUAAGGAGCUGGUGAAGCUCACAAUUGAGAAGCAGGAGCACCCAUCUCCCACCAGCCCUGUCAAGCCCACCUUACCUGUGUCUACAGAAGACAGCCAGUUGGAGCUUCCCUUGACGGAUCGGGAGAUGGAGAUCCUCAACAAGACGGCCGGGAAGACGCCGACCGCAGAAGUGCCGGCUGAUGACGCAGACGAAGAGGUCGCCCCACCCAAACCGCCCCUUCCUUGCAUCCGAGUGGCUGAAAACAGCCUUCCUCCAGCUCUGCCUCCUAAGAAACGCCAGUCGGUACCCUCCCCUACACGAGUGGCCAUCGUAGCCCCCAUGAGCCGAGCAACCAGUGGCUCCAGUUUACCCAUUGGGAUCAACAAACAGGAGUUUGAAAACGAUGGCUACCCCCAACGGAGGCUGUCGGGGGGCAGCCAGUCCUACGGAGGGGAAUCUCCCCGCCUCUCGCCCUACAGCAGCAUGGGGAAGCUAAGCAAGUCGGACGAGCAGCUGUCCUCCUUGGAUUGCGACAGCGGGCAGUGCUCGCACAACACAAGCUGUGAAACGUUAG